AUGCCAUUGCUGCAGACGCGGAGAGAGAAGGCGCCGCCCUGUGCCAUCACACACAGAGGACCGCCCGGCCAGGCCCUGCAGGAUGGCCUGGACCAGAUCCUCCCAGCCCAUGCUCACGUCCUGGUGCAGGGCCGACUCUAUGUGUCCUUGACUGCAGUGAAUACAUUCCAGAACUGCCUGGUGUCCCAGUUCCUGACCCAUGAAGACCUCAUACAAGUCCUUCUCGCCAGCUGCUUCAUCCCCAUCUACUCAAGGCUGAAGCACGUGGAGUUCCAGGGUCAGAUGGGCGGGGCAGCCUGGGCAGAUGGUGCCCUCUCGUGCAGCCUCCCCCUGCCCCCUGGUGGUCGCACCCUCACCAUAUCCCCAUUCUGUGGACGCCAUGGCAUCUCGCCCCGAGACCCUGGCCAAGGUCUUGGCUCUUGCGUGCACGUGACUGGACAGGACGUGGAGAUCUCCACCUCCAAUGUUGCCUGCCUGGCCCGAGCGCUCUUCCCGCUGUCCCGUGCAAGCCUGGAGUCGUUGCUGCACCAUGAUGGAUUCUGUGACGCCGUGAGCUUCCUGCGCUGCGUGGGCCGCUUCUGGUGA